AUGUUUGCUUGUGCUUACAUUGGGGAUGAAACCACUGAAUCUUUAGUUUGGGUGUUUGAAACUUUUCUAAAGGCUAUGGGAGGAAAGCACCCUGUGUCAAUUUUCACUGAUCAAGAUGCAGCUAUUGCUGCUGUUUUUCCUUCUUCAAGACACAGGUUAUGCUUGUGGCACUUGAGUAAAAAUGCAAAUAGUAGAUUUGGUUUAUUGAAGUCUGAUAAAAACUUCAAAAACGCAUUCUACAAGUGUUUAAGUGGGCGUAUAAAACCAAAUGAUUUUGAAGAAACUUGGAAAUCUAUGAUCAACACUUUUAAGCUGGAAAAGGAUGACUGGUUCAACAGAUUUAUACUUUCUUCACAAAGAAGUGAAAGUACAAACCAUGCUGUUGGAUUUAAAGCAAAUAAAAGUACAACAUUAACAAAGUUCUAUAGUAUUUUUCAAGCUACAAUAAAUCGAUGGAGAAAAACAGAAGAAAAAAACGAUUUUGAUUGUACAAGAGGAAUACCUACUUCAGAGCUAAGUAUGAGUGCUAUAUUAAAACAGGCAGCGAAUGUAUACACUAUAACACUUUUCCGUGAUUUUGAAGAAGAGUUCAAGCUUUCUGUGGCAAGUAGUGCAAAGUUCAAAGGAAGUGUUCAGAGAACAGUGUUUUUUGAGGUCUGGACAGAAGGAAUAACAGAUCGUUACAUAACAACAAGAUGGACUAGAUAUGCGAAGAAACAGAUAUGGGAAAGGGUUGAUACAAUAAAAAAGGAGAAAGGUGAAAUCAACAAUUUUACUGGUUGGAGAUUACAUAUGAUCAGAAGAUGCUAUAACUUAAUUUUGAAAGGGCAUAAGAUAGAAAAGGCCAGAAAAUUUAUCGAGGAGAGGUUUAAAACUGAUAAUACAGCAGUUGAUGAAAUCAUAAAAAAGGAAGAAGAAAGGAAGGCAAAAGAAGAAGCUGCAAAGAUAGCAGAACAAGAAAAGGCAAAAGCUGAAGCACAACGAGAAACACAAGACGGGGAAUCAACUAAUUCUGAAAUAACAAUUGUGCUUGAUCUUGAUCGCGCUAAUACUAAAGGAAAGUGUAAGAAGAGAAUAAAGGUUCAAUAUGACAAUUACAAGCAGCCAUCAAAGAAAGGAAAAAAGAAACACAAAGAAUUUGGAUCCAAGACACCGAAUAUUCAAUUAUUUACACCUAAAGAACAACUAUUUUAG